CAAAAGCCGUUCACGGCACACACGAGUGGGGAGGAGGACAGCUGGAUGGAAAAAUGUCCUCCGUGCCUGAUGGUAAGAAAUUGGUUCGUAGCCCAAGUGGACUUCGUAUGGUUCCCGAGAAUGGGGCAUUCAACAGCCCAUUUUCCUUAGACGAACCGCAAUGGGUGCCAGACAAAGAGUGCCCAAGAUGCAUGCAGUGUGACGCAAAGUUCGACUUCAUUACAAGGAAGCACCACUGCCGGCGCUGUGGGAAGUGCUUCUGCGACAAGUGCUGCAGUAAGAAGGUGGCCCUCCCGCGGAUGUGCUUCGUGGACCCAGUGCGGCAGUGCGCCGCCUGCAGCCUCAUCUCCCAGAAGGAGAUGGAGUUCUACGACAAGCAGCUCAAAGUGCUGAUGGGCGGUGGAACAUUCCUCGUCACUUUGGGCACAUCAGAAAAGUCCGAGACCAUGGUGUGUCGUCUUUCUAACAACCACAGGUAUCUCUUCCUGGAUGGGGAAAGCCACUUUGAGGUGGAGCUGUCUCGGAUAACAAGCAUGCAGGUGUUGACUGAGGGCUUUACCCCUGGAGAGAAAGACAUUCACACUUACACCAGUCUGCUGGAGAGUCAGUAUAUAUCAGAAGGUGCAAACUCCCGGGCCAGUGGCAUGUUGCUCCACUACAAGUCAGUGGGAUCUCAGGACCUGCAGCAGCUUCGCUUGGAGGCUGCAGAUGACAAGAAAACUGCAUCCACCUGGCUGGCUGCCAUGCACAAGGCUGCAAAACUGCUGUAUGAAUCUCGGGAUCAGUGAGGUGGCAGUGGGCCGGGAAGGCCGAGCGCAGACCCAAGUGUUUCCUACUAUCCAGUCUCACAUGUACUCUGAAAUGCCUACAUUCUGUUUACUCCGCUUUCUGUUCCCAGUUCAGGCAGAACGGGUCCCUAGGUGUCAGUGCUCUGGGGGUCCACAGGUAUUUACUGACUCUAGUGCAAUAUAUACGUUUAAUAAAUGCUUUAAAUGUAGUCUCACGUAUUGGAUUUUGUAAAAACUAUUUUGUUAAAUAUUCCUAUUUUAACACGAUGAAGACGCAGUGUACGUACUUUUUACUGCUAAAGUAUUUACUAUAGUUUUUUCUAGCACUUAUGUACAUUGUUUUUUCCUACACUAAGGCGUGAAUUUAAAAUUUGCGUUCGUGGAGUGAGUGGAUAUUUACCCAAGCAAACAUUUGUGAUUUUUUUUUUUUGAAGCACGCUGCUAAAUCCCUUCAAAUUACACUAAAACUUAAGAGCUAGUGCUCACCUCUCUAAAAGGACAAAAUGAAGGUACAAUGCAAUACUUCACACCUUUUGGGUUGUAUGCAUUUUCACCAAGUCAGUAUUCUUCAACGUUACACCAAAUACAGAAAACAAUUGCUUUGAAAAGAUAUCUUUGAUUGAGCUUGAUGCGUUUUAACUACUUUUUAAGCAUCUUAUUUGGGUGGGAUCAGAAUAUAAAGCCAUGCCAUAAAAUGUUCCCAAAGGAACAUAAUUUAAUUCUUAUUGAGUUUUUGUAUUUGAUAGAGAACCUUUCAUCCAUUGAGGUUGUCCUGCUAUGACAGCUGUCCACACCAAGAGUGUCGUGAUUAUAUAGUAACACAUUUAAAGGCAUGUUUAAAGGAGUUUGCUAGAUGUGGAUAUGUGGCAUUAUGUGUUGCAGUGCACCAGUAUGUGUGUUUUUACUGUUGGAUUGUGGGGCCCGUUAUUAUUUUUACUGAGGCUGUAGUUUUGAAAUUAAUAUAUUGAUUGAUACGGCUGGGUUACCUGCCCGAAGAAAGAAAGGAGUCAUCUGUAUUCAACCGAGAGCUUCGUCCUUGAGCCGUCAAGUUAAUGUAAAUGCAUUACCAACUCAGUGUAUUGUAGUCCUCUAUCUGUUAGAAUCUCUAAGUUCCAAGAUGCAGUUGUAUAUGUGAGGGCAUUGCAAACCCAGAAACGACAUCCGUUUGGCGCGGUUACUCUGCAGCAGAGUAAAGGCGAACAUUUGAAUUACAGUAUGAUAAGUAGGCAUGCGCUACAUGGUCAUGGAUGCAUUUAGCAAUGGUUUUGUAACACUUUGCUAUCUCUGAUUUUCUUCAUCUUUUUUAUAGCAAUUGUCUUACAGUAAUUUUAUUAUAGUUUACAAAUGUAUGUGCACAAAAUGUUCAAUUUUGUUA